AUGUUCUCACCAUGCGCCAAGAUCAAAGAGAUCAUGGUCGCCGGCCACCCAGUUCUAUCUCAUCUGGGUUAUUGUACAGAUGACGAUGAUCCAACGUACGUAGAGGGCGAUACCAGCCGAAACACGAAGGCAAAGGAUGAUUGUCGCAUCCGCGACAACUACAGGUGUAAGUUUAUUGGUGCGGCUGAUGCUCAAGCCGCACACAUCAUUCCAUUUUCGUGGAACGAAAACGUGAACAACAGUAACCGCACCGCUCGGAUUUUGACUGGCGCCAGAGCAUUCUUCAGCAAAGCCGGUCACUCAGUUCACCAGAACGUUGGUUGGCAGUAUGAGACUGAGAUGGACAUAGAUGACCUCGAUGAUUUUGUCCCACAUGCCCAACAACACGCCAACGACAACAGGACACACUACUUCUACGCUUUGGACGGCCUGGCAUUCGCGACCAAGAUUGCUGGACAUUUCCUCCAACACGCCAACGAGGACCGUAUCAAGCUGGACAAGCGUGUAAUUGCACAGCACCUUCAGUGUCACUCAGCUUCCCAUGCUGUGGCGGGUGCAGACCGAACUACACCUGUCGCGCGAUUCCUCCUCCGCAAUCCUGACAGACAGGAUCGUAUCACUCCUGACAUCAGCCCAUGCUACUCCUGCCUUUCUUCUCAACAACUACGUUGGCGUACUCGAGUGGAUGGAUCGGCUGAUGCUGCCAUGCCGGUAGAUCAGACAGAGAGCCCAACCUCGUCGACCGGCAAGGGAAACUCCCCAGCCGAGGGACCAACAGCCGAAUUUGAGACCGUUCAACCUUCGUACCAGACCCCCCGGUGA